CAUCACACAGUUUUUCUCAUGUCACAUUUGGGGACCAUAGCACUGAAAGUAACAACUCUAAACCACCUGAGACAGCUCCAUUCACACAUCAUUCAACACCACCUCCACCACACGGAGUAUUGGGUGGCGCAACUCAUUGGCCUCUGCACGCGCCUCCACGCGCCACCACCCUAUGCCCGCCUCAUUUUUGACUCAGCAAGCCAACCCAAUGUCAUUGUUUUCACCAACAUGCUCAAAUUUCACUCCCAAUUGGGUGCCCACAAAGAUGUUAUCACUCUCUUUCACCAAAUGCAAAAUUGUGGUGUGAGGCCUGAUGGAUUUGUGUACCCCAUCUUGAUCAAAUCGGCCGGUAAGUCCGGCAUUGUGGUUCACGGUCAUGUGAUGAAAUUGGGCCAUGAUUGUGAUCGUUUUGUCCGCAAUGCAGUCAUGGACAUGUAUGCGAAACAUGGUCCGAUCGAGUUUGCACGUGAGAUGUUUGAUAAAAUGUGUGAUAGGAUGGUUGCGGAUUGGAAUUCAAUUAUUUCCGGGUACUGGAAUUGGGGAAAUGAAGUUGAAGCAUGCCGGCUGUUUGAGUUAAUGCCUGAGAGGAAUGGCAUCACUUGGACAGCAAUGGUUAGUGGGUAUUCGAGAAUAAAAGAUAUGGAGAGUGCAAGGAGGUAUUUUAACAAUAUGCCUGAGAAAAGUGUUGUUUCUUGGAAUGCAAUGCUUUCUGGCUAUGCUCAGAAUGGGUUUGCUGAAGAGGCUAUAGUACUGUUCAGAGAAAUGAUUAAUUCCGGGCUUCAACCCGAUGAAACAACGUGGGUAACAGUCAUUUCGUCAUGUUCAUCGCAUGGUGAUCCUUGCCUUGCUGAAUCACUUGUCAAAAUGCUGGAUGAGAAGUGCAUCCGGUCGAAUUGUUUUGUCAAGACGGCACUUCUUGACAUGUAUGCCAAGUGUGGAGACAUUGCAAGUGCUCGAGAAAUUUUUGAUAAGUUGGGUGUUCGUAGGAAUUCUGUCACGUGGAAUGCAAUGAUUUCAGCGUAUGCACGAGUUGGUGAUCUGACUUCGGCCAGGGAGCUCUUUGAUAAGAUGCCUGAAAGGAAUGCUGUAUCAUGGAACUCAAUGAUUGCCGGUUAUGCUCAAAAUGGGCAAUCAGCAAUGGCUAUUGAGCUCUUCAAAGAAAUGAUUGCAACGAAGGGCUCGAAGCCAGAUGAAGUUACUAUGGUGAGUGUAAUAUCAGCUUGUGGUCAUCUAGGGGCUUUGGAAUUGGGAAAUUGGGUUGUGAAUUUCGUAACUGAAAACCAGAUAAAGCUGAGCGUUGCAGGAUAUAAUUCUUUGAUUUUCAUGUACUCUAAAUGCGGAAGCAUGAAAGAUGCUACAAAACUUUUCCAAGAAAUGGAAGCAAGAAAUGUAAUCUCGUACAACACAAUGAUCACCGGUUUUGCAGCUUAUGGGCAUGGUGCUAAAGCUGUUGAACUAAUGUGGAAGAUGCAAGAAGAGGGCAUUGAACCAGACCGCAUAACAUAUAUUGGUGUCCUAACAGCAUGCAGCCAUGCGGGAUUAUUAGAAGAAGGCCGAAAGAUCUUCAAAUCAAUCAGAGCUCCAGAUACAGACCACUAUGCAUGCAUGGUUGAUUUGUUAGGACGAGUGGGCAAAGUAGAUGAAGCAAUGAGACUUAUCGAGAAAAUGCCAAUGCAGCCUCACCCGGGAGUAUAUGGGUCACUUCUGAAUGCUUGCCGAGUUCACAAAAGACUCGACCUUGGAGAGCUUGCUGCAAACAAGCUCUUUGAGCUUGAACCAGAAAAUUCAGGGAACUAUGUUCUGCUUUCAAACAUCUACGCUUCGGCAGGGAGGUGGAAAGAUGUUGAGAGGGUGAGAAGGGCAAUGAGAAAAGGGGGAGUGAAGAAGACAACUGGAUGGAGUUGGGUGGAACAUGAUGGAAAACUGCAUAACUUCAUAGUAGCCGAUCGGAUACAUGAACGAUCGGAUGACAUUUAUAGAAUAUUGGCAGAGCUAAGAAAGAAGAUGAGGGUUGCUGGAUAUGUAGCCGAUAAGAGCUGUGUGCUAAGAGAGGUUGAGGAGGAAGAGAAGGAAGAGAUGGUGGGCACUCAUAGCGAAAAAUUGGCCAUUGCUUUUGCCCUUCUUGUUAGUAAGGCAGGGACAGUGAUUAGGGUUGUGAAGAACCUAAGGAUGUGCUGGGAUUGUCAUGUGGCUAUAAAGAUGAUCUCAAAGUUGGAGGGAAGAGAGAUCAUUGUUAGGGACAACAAUAGGUUUCAUUGUUUUAAAAAUGGGGUCUGCUCAUGCAACGACCAUUGGUAAAUCACAGGAAGGUACUACACAUAUUGUUACUAUUAGAUGGGAACAAGAAUUGGUACAUGUAUUUUAGAGAGAAUAUUGGAAAUAGAUGAUAGAAAUUGAGAGGAGGUUAUAGGAAAGAUUCUCUCUUGUAGUAUCUCUAAUCUAAACCUAAGAGUAUAUAUUGGGUGCGCCACUUGGUAUACCUGACCAUCCUAUGGUUGUGAACAUGUCACGUUAUCACUUGUUAUAUUUAAAUUUCAUUUUUUUU